AUGACUCGAUUCUUCUGCUGUGGAAACUAUUUCCCAGGGUAUCCUUGCUAUGGUACCAACUGGCACAGAAGCUUCAGAGCCACUCCUUUGAACUGCGUUGUACCGCUGGGAUCUCCCCUGAACUAUGGAUACGGUUGCAACGGCUACAGUUCACUAGGUUAUAGCUUUGGUGGUAGCAACUUCAGCAACCUGGGCUGCGGUUAUGGAGGCAGCUGCUGUAGGCCAUGGGGAUCUGGCUCUGGCUACGGCUAUAGCACCUACUGA